UAACGCUCCCACAGUCGAGUCGAGCUCAACCUGCGCGUCAAACGCAACACUUCUGAUUGGCCAAUCCGGAAAAUGUAGACACACUUCACAAUGAUCCGCUGAGCAGGGUGUUCUUCGGCGUUUCCCUAUAUUUACUUUUCACUCAAUUAACUGGAAAUUAAGGUCUCUGACAGGUCGGGAUGGGGAAUCUGAUCAAGGUUCUCACACGAGACAUUGACAACAACGGAGGGAACUUUUUCCUGGACUUUGAAAAUGCCAAGCCCACAGAAGCUGAGAAGAGAGUAUGGGAGGAGGUCAAUGAGGUGCUGACAGAGGCUAUGAGUGUGUUACAGGACCUGCAGUCAUAUAGCGGAGCAGGUGAAGCCAUCAGGCAGGCCAUACAGCAUCCCAAUGAUGAGCGUGUGCAAGAGAGCGCGUGGGCCGCUGUGGUCCCACUGGUUGGCAAACUAAAGAAGUUUUAUGAGUUCUCACUAAAACUGGAAGACGCUCUGCAGGGCCUGUUGGAGUUUCUCACCAGCUCGCGCUGCAGCCCAACUCAGCAUCUGGAGCAGGAGCAGGCGCUGGCACGGCAGUUCGCUGAGAUUUUGCAUUUCACGCUGCGCUUCGAUGAGCUGAAGAUGACCAACCCGGCCAUCCAGAAUGACUUCAGCUAUUACAGAAGGACCCUGAGCCGCAUGCGUAUCAUCAACCAAACAGCAGAAGAGCAUAAUGAAGUUGACAACGAACUGGCCAAUCGCAUGUCUCUCUUCUACGCCAAUGCCACGCCCAUGCUGAAAACGUUAAGUGAUGCCACAACUAAAUUUGUAUCAAAGCAUGCAGAACUGCCCGUAGAGAACACAACAGAUUGUCUGAGUACGAUGGCAAGCGUGUGUAAAGUCAUGUUAGAGACACCGGAGUACCGCAGUCGUUUUGCAAGUGAGGACACAGUGUUAUUCUGUCUGCGUGUGAUGGUGGGGGUGAUCAUCUUAUACGACUAUGUCCAUCCAGCUGGAGCUUUCGUAAAAUCCUCCAAAAUCGAUAUGAAAGGAUGCAUUAAGGUUCUGCGGUAUCAGCCGCCCAACAGUGUGGAGGGGCUUCUCAAUGCCCUCAGGUACACAACAAAACAUUUGAACGAUGAGACUACCUCCAAGCAAAUCAAAAACAUGUUACAAGCUUGACUGUGUCUGCCAAAAGUAUUUCCUCUCGAAUACAUUGGACGAGACGCUUCAGCAGUUUUAGUAAUACAAUGAGAAUAGCCAUGUAUCAUGUGGCAGCUACUGUUGUCAGUCUGUUUUUACUGUUGUAGUUUUGAUUUUGACAUCUUAUCCUGUUAGACUUAAAGUCAUGUGUGGCCUUUAGAUUUCAAAGACGCUUCUUUGUUGUGUGGCGUCCAACAAAUAUGAGCUUCGUUCAUUCCCUUCCCAUGUUUUCUACAGUUGACUGAGUGCCCAGCCAGAGGACCACAAAUAAUGUAUUGCUUUUUUAAAUAACAUAAUUUACUGUGAUUUUUAUUAACAUGACUCUUUUGAACUGAAUAAAGCUAUUUUAACCAAGAGGACUGUGAAUGGCUGACAGCUCUUACAGGAAAGGCUUCUUCGAAACAGGCCAUUGAAAUCACCAUGUACUCUCACCACUUUACUAUGUACAAAAUAAUUCGUUCUAAACCCACAUCCUUUUAGCUAACAGAGUUCAGGAUUAUUCAUAUCCCCUGACAGUGUCUACUCCAGCACGUCAUCGUAUAAUGUCCAUUCAAGGCUGUAUUCCUGUUCUUUUGCUUUUUGGAGCCAGAAAUAAACAAACAUAUGGUUGAAAUUUAA